GGGAAAGACGGACGCAACCUUCAUAAAAACUUUGAAGUUUCAUUAACGCGAUGCAGCGGGUCCGAAGGCUUUGUAGCUCUUUUGAGCGUGGUUGGCGUGACAAAACCCCUUUCCUGAAUGAUCGUCAGGGACGAUUCAACCUAUUUGAGGCAUCUGCCGAACUUCAAUUAGAUGAGAUAUAUCUUGCAUCACUGUACAAGCCAUUGCAUUAUACGUAUUCUGUAAAGGGCCAGCUUUACCCAGCAGAGCGGGGUCGUAGUAGUCGUCCAGGCUCGCUAGAGAGUUCUCGCAACCGAAUGUUCCCACUGUAUCGCCGUGACUACGGACUAGAUCGAGAAAUGCGCCACUUGAGCUGGCGACGCAUUACAACUAGCUGAAGAAACCCAGAGAUGUCAAUAGGAGGUGUGAUGGAAAGCCAAGAAAUGCUCUUUAAAAUGUACACCUUCAUGCGACAAUGAAUAAUGUAUUUUAUCUAAA